GCGUGCGUGCACCUAGAGCAGAUAAUUGGAGAGGGUUUCCAGAAGGUGGAAAAUGUCACCUGAUUCACAGUGAACUUUUUAAAUCUCCCCACCCCCGAGCAGACACACACACACACAUUAGGAGACCGCCCACCGCAGACAGCUAGGACCCCCGUAUAGAUUUAAAGAGAGACUGCAUUCAGAGCCUGACGUUCAUUCAAUAGAGCGAUCAUAAGCAGGCUGGCUAGUGCUCGCUCCCUCUCCCUACUCCCCCUCGCGCUGUUUCUGUCUCUCUCUCACUCCCUGCUACACUGAGGAUGUUAAAUCAGAGAAUCCACCCGGGCAUGCUCUUACUCCUGAUGUUUCUGUGCCACUUCAUGGAAGAUCACACAGUGCAGGCUGGGAACUGCUGGCUCCGGCAGGCGCGGAACGGCCGCUGCCAGGUCCUCUACAAAACCGACCUCAGCAAGGAGGAGUGCUGCAAGACCGGCCGCCUGACCACUUCGUGGACGGAAGAGGACGUCAACGACAACACGCUUUUUAAGUGGAUGAUUUUUAAUGGGGGAGCCCCAAACUGCAUCCCGUGCAAAGAAACGUGCGAGAACGUGGACUGUGGACCCGGGAAGAAAUGUAAAAUGAACAAGAAGAACAAACCUCGGUGUGUUUGUGCUCCGGAUUGCUCUAAUAUCACUUGGAAGGGCCCCGUGUGUGGCUUAGAUGGGAAAACCUACAGGAACGAGUGUGCCCUUCUCAAAGCCAGAUGUAAAGAACAGCCCGAACUUGAAGUCCAGUAUCAGGGCAAAUGCAAAAAGACCUGUAGGGAUGUUUUAUGCCCAGGCAGCUCCACAUGUGUAGUUGACCAAACUAAUAACGCCUACUGUGUGACAUGUAAUCGAAUUUGCCCAGAGCCUACCUCCCCUGAACAGUAUCUCUGCGGGAAUGACGGCAUAACUUACGCCAGUGCCUGCCACCUGAGGAAAGCUACCUGCCUACUGGGCAGAUCCAUUGGAUUAGCCUAUGAAGGAAAAUGCAUCAAAGCCAAAUCCUGUGAAGACAUUCAGUGCAGUGCUGGGAAGAAAUGCUUGUGGGAUUUUAAGGUUGGCAGAGGUCGGUGCGCCCUCUGCGAUGAGGUAUGCCCUGAAAGCAAGUCAGACGAGGCAGUCUGUGCCAGCGAUAACACGACUUACCCAAGCGAGUGCGCCAUGAAAGAGGCAGCCUGCUCCAUGGGUGUGCUUCUAGAAGUAAAGCACUCUGGAUCUUGCAACUCCAUUAAUGAAGACCCAGAGGAUGAAGAGGAAGAUGAAGACCAGGACUACACCUUUCCUAUAUCUUCCAUUCUAGAGUGGUAAAACCUCCAUCACUAUUGGAACAGCCAUUGGGCACGAAAUCAAUGUCCAUACUGUAAAUAAGUGUAUGCUUAUUUAUUUUGGGGAGAAAAAGUAUACAUAUAGUUGAGUCUCGUAGACAUUUAUUUAUACUGUGUCAUGUUUUAUAAUUUAUACAUAAAAUGUCUGGUUGACUGUACACCUUGUUUUUUGAAGAAAUUUAUUCGUUACGGGAAGAGCAGUGUUAUUUAUUGUGAGGUCUCUUGCUUGUAAAGUAAAGCUUUUCUUUUUUCUUGUAAACUAUAAAAGUCCAUUCCUUAGAGCUUACCCACAUGAUCUCAUCUCUUCGUUUCACUGAUGUUAACUCUUUUCCACUUUAACAAACUUGCAUGUUGGUUUCUGUUAUGUUUAUUUAUUGGAUUUUCUUCUUGCUGGUUCUGUACAUAAAAGAUCCCUAGGGUUUUUGUUUACAAGGAAUCUUGACUGACCAAAAGGUGUUGUAACUGACUUAAGUAUACUUCCAGCGUACAGUGAGGCGAUCUUUAAGGAAACUUCUUCCACUUCACUUCUCUCUGCUUCUGAUCACAUCAUGUACUGAAGUGAUCUCAGUGUGCUGAGCGUGUAUACUGUACUAUAUGAAUUCCGGACCCAAAGAAAUCGGAUUAUGAAGGUUGUUAAUAGCUACAGGGCUAACUGUAAUAAGAAUAAAGGUUUUAUUUUAUUUUUAUUGUUUUAUUUUUUGUAACAUGCAUAAGUGUUUUAUCAGGUGUUUCCUUUAAGAUGGUCUUGCCGUACCACUUUCAAAGUUUUCUUUUUCUAAUCAGUGUGUCACUAAAAGUUAUAUCAAAGCUUUAUCAGUUCAAGUUUCUUGCUUUUCAUAAUACUUUUUUUCUGAUGCAAUUUUAUAUUUUCAAACAUGGCGAGUUAAAUAUAAAUUCAUUUAAAUAUAUAGUUUUGUACUUUUCUACCAUGUAAAUGUGCAAUGUAUAUAAAAGUUAUAAUGUGUAUUUGUAAAUAAAUGAUGAGUGAAAAAAAUAAAAAAUGGAAUUUUCCCUA